AUGGGACUGUCAAAUAACUUUGCAUCUUCGUCUCUGUAUACAAUCUUUGAUCGCUCCUCCCUCCUUCACGUCAGUCAGCCCAGUGCAAAAAAAGGGAACUCGUUUCUUAGACAAUUUACAUGAACGCUCCAUAGUUUGAAAAUAGUUCGCGCGGAAGGAAGUCCCGAGUACUGGCUCUAUUUUGUUACCGGCACUGUUCUAUCACCGAUCGUUAUGGAUACUCGAAAGCGUCCCAGAGAAGAUUUGCCGAAUACUAGUACUGGUGACCAGUUCAAAACCCCGGAAAAGCGGGUUUCUGCAGUGGCCCUGCAGGAUUUCACGAAGUGGGAUGUGGAAGAAACUUGUAGAUACCUGCGUCAGGAAGGUCUCGGGGAAUGGGAGGAGAAAUUCAGAGGUUCGGUUGUUGUGAUCACAUUAUAUUUGAUUGAACAAGCCAAUGUGGCUUGUAGCAAGCUUGAAACUAAAUUGUGAUCUGUGAAAGUGAGGGGGUCUGGAGCACCCAGAACGUUACCCUAGCUAGAUUAGCACGUUCUUAUCACUUUAACUAUGCUCACACGGUUCUGGUUUUAUGCCAUGCAAUUUACCUGUGACAUUUUGUUCUCAUUGUGCAUAUUUACAGUGUUCAUGAGAACACACAGGAAAGAUUACCUGUUUUUGUUUUGUUUGUCCCCACACAGAGCAAAAGAUAACAGGAGUGGGGUUACCAUACCUCACAGAGACACAUCUGGACAAUAUGGGUAUAGGGUAAGUGCACAGGAGGUUGGUGGCACCUUAAUUGGGGAGGACAGGCUCCUGGUAAUGACUGGAGCAGAAUGGGUGGAAUGGUAUCAAAUAUGUCAAACACAUGGUUUCCAGGUGUUUGAUGCCAUUGCAUUUGCUCUGUUCGGCCAUUAUUAUGAGUCAUUCUCCCCUCAGCAGCUUCAUGUGGGGGGAUGGUUUUGGUAUGAAAAUCUUCAGUGGCAUGCCAAUCAAAUGUGCACCUUGGUUUAUUUGUUGUGACAGAUGUUUUUCAGUCAAUGCCGUGAGGGUUGUGUUCUUGAUUGUGCUUUUAUGAUUAUGAACUUACACACACACUCUCUUUCACUUUCUCUUUUCUCUCUCUAUUCUCUCAGGUCUCUAGGCCCCCGGCUGGAGAUUCUGCACUGCAUGAGGAAGCUGUGGCAGAUAGAAGAAGAGACCAUCAAGGUAACACAGACAGCUGACCUAACCCCUGUUCCCUCUUCAAAGGCUAGAGAGAGUGAAUGAAAGACAAAAUGAAGGAGAGGAAGCGGAUGAGGAAAGUACUUUAUUGUUCUUCUUGCCCUGCUGGGUACUUUGAGCCCUCAUGGAGAGACUAGGCAUACAACGAUUGACGGACAGGGUGAGGUAGAGAUGGAGAAAAAAGGUGGGAAGUGCACAAAUCACCACAACCACAUUGCAGUAAAAAAAAAAAAAAAAAUUACAGAAGUGAAACUCCCUGAGUAACAGCUGUUUUUCUUUUCUAAUCAUGUCAAAUCAUUACAUUUUACAUUUUAGUCAUUUAGCAGAUGCUCUUAUCCAGAGCGACUUACAGUUUGUGAGUGCAUACAUUUUUUUUCUUCAUACGGGCCCCCCGUGGGAAACGAACCCACAACCCUGGCGUUGCAAGCGCCAUGCUCUACCAACUGAGCUACACGGGUCCUCUAUUCUGUUUUUGAUUAUGUUCCCGUAAGUGUAAUGGCCCCACCUCACCCACAUAAUUAGAGACGCACCCUCAUUUAUUCCCGAGAGAGAAAAAGAGGAAGACUAGUAGUAGAGUCAGUAUGAGUAUCAGCGAUAAGGUGUAUUAUUGUCUCCUUUAGGUGUUUAAUGACCCCAUCCAUGGCCAUGUAGAGAUGCAUCCUCUGCUGGUCCGUAUCAUCGACACGCCUCAGUUCCAGAGGCUCCGCCACAUCAAGCAGCUGGGAGGAGCAUACUUCGUCUUUCCUGGGGCCUCCCACAACCGCUUCGAACACUCCAUAGGGUAUGAUUGUGGGUGCUUGAGCACUCCAUAGGGUACGAGUGUGUGUGUGUGUGUGUGUGUGUGUGUGUGUGUGUGUGUGCUUGAGUACUCCAUAGGGCAGGGGUGGACAAUAAUUUUGUCUCGAGGGCCACAUUGGGCCACACAGAUAUUCUUUCGGACUUAUUUCUUUGUCAAAAGCAAUUUGCGGGCCAUAAAAAAUACUUUAUCUGGUUUUAGAUGUUGAAGAGUGGCCUGGAGGUUUUGUUUUUUAACCCAAAAACCUUUGCCACACUUUUAGCAGUUUUACUUUAGUGCCUUAUUGCAAACAGGAUGCUUUGUAAUAUUUUUAUUCAGGCUUUCUUCUUUUUACUCUGUCAAUUUGGUUAGUAUUGUGGAGUAACUACAAUGUUGUUGAUCCAUCCUCGGUUUUCUCCUAUCACAGCCAUUAGUCUCUGUAACUGUUUUAGUUUGUCUGUUGUGGAACUUCUAAUCAAAUGAGAGAGACUUGGUCAUUUCUUCAAACAAUCAAUCUUCAUUUGAUAUCGAUUGAUUAUUGCAAUAAUGGAGCUGGUCAACAAACCCCCCCGUAGGUGAUUCGUUGAGAGCCCAACAAACAGGAAAUGCUGACAUCUUAUAUAGUGGACUUAAAUAUGCUUAGUCAUGGCUGGUUCCACCCCUCCCUGGCAGCUCAGGGCAUCAUAAGAUACCUUGUUUUCUUCUUGUGGCUAUGUGUAUUGGGUCAUAGAGCAUAAACAAGGGAUAACGUUAGUUCCGUUACUCUUCUGUUCAAGCCAGCCUCUGUUCACCUCAUAUCUCCACACAGCUGUGCCCUUGACAGAUAUGAGAAGAAACAGGAUUGGCUGAGACACUGUGCUCACUCUCAGAGGGUCUUUGUCUUGACCGUGUGACUAAGUUGAACAGAGACAGAGUGGGAAAAAUACCAGCUCCUUCUUACAAGACCUUCAAACAGACAGUUGGAAAUGUACAUGUUUAAGGCUCAUACAGCGCAUGUGCAUAACAAAAGUUGUAAUUUUGCCACGACAAGUCCUGGAGCGCUUUCCUUCAUCUCCGGUAACUGAGUUAGGAAGGACGCCUGUAUCUUUGUAGUGACUGGGUGUAUUGAUACACCAUCCAAAGUGUAAUUAAUAAUUUCACAAUGCUCAAAGGGAUAUUCAAUGCCUGCAUUUUAAAUGUUUUACUAAUCUACCAAUAGGUGCCCUUCUUUGCGAGGCAUUGGAAAACCUCCCUGGUCUUUGUGGUUGAAUCUGUGCAUUCAGAAAGUAUUCAGACCCUUUGACUUUUCCCACAUUUUGUUUUACAUUAUAGCCUUAUUCUAAAAUGAAUACAAUUAUUUUUAUCCCCCUCAUCCAUCUACUCAUAAUACCCCAUAAUGAGAAAGCGAAAACAGGUUUGUAGAAAUGUUUGCAAAUGUAUUAAAAAUGAAAAAACGGAUGCCUUAAGUAUUCAGACCCUUUGCGAUGAGACUCGAAAUUGAGCUCAGGUGCAUCCUGUUUCCAUUGAUCAUCCUUGAUGUUUCUACAACUUGAUUGGAGUCCACCUGUGGUAAAUUCAAUAGAUUGGACAUGAUUUGGAAAGGCACACACCUGUCUAUAUAUGGUCCCACAGUUGACAGUGCAUGUCAGAGCAAAAACCAAGCCAUGAGGUCGAAGGAAUUGUCUGUAGAGCUCCGAGACAGGAUUGUGUCGAGGCACAGAUCUGGGGAAGGGUACCAAAAAAUGUCUGCAGCAUUGAAGGUCCCCAAGAACACAGUGGCUUAAAUCAUUCUUAAAUGGAAGAAGUUUGGAACCACCAAGACUCUUCCUAGAGCUGGCCGCCCGGCCAAACUGAGCAAUCGGGGGAGAAGGGCCUUGGUCAGGGAGGUGACCAAAACCCGAUGGUCACUCUGACAGAGCUCCAGAGUUCCUCUGUGGUGAUGGGAGAACCUUCCAGAAGGACAACCAUCUCUGCAGCACUCCACCAAUCAGGCCUUUAUGGUAGAGUGGCCAGACGGAAGCCACUCCUCAGUAAAAUACACAUGACAGCCAGCUUUGAGUUUGGUCUGAUGAAAUCGAGAUUGAACUCUUUGGCCUGAAUGCCAAGCGUCACGUCUGGAGGAAACCUGGCACCAUCCCUACGGUGAAGUAUGGUGAUGGCAGCAUCACGCUGUGGGGAUGUUUUUCAGCGGCAGGGACUAGGAGACUAGUCAGGAUCGAGGGAAAGAUGAACGGAGAUCCUUGAUAAAAACCUGCUCAGGACCUCAGACUGGGGCACACAGCCAAGACAACGCAGGAGUGGCUUCGGGACAAGUCUCUGAAUGUCCUUGAGUGGCCCGGACUUGAACUCGAUCGAACAUCUCUAGAGACCUGAAAAUAGCUGUGCAGCGACGCUCCCCAUCCAAUCUGACAGAGCUUGAGAGGAUCUGCAGAGAAGAAUGGGAGAAACUUCCCCAAAUACAGGUGUGUCAAGCUUGUAGCGUCAUACCCAAGAAGACUUGAGGCUGUAAUCGCUGCCAAAGGUACUUCAGCAAAGUACUGUAAAUGUGGUAUUCAAGUUUUUUAUUUUGUAUAAAUUAGCAAAAAUGUCUAGAAACAUGUUUUUGCUUCGUCAUUAUGGGGUAUUAUGUGUAGAUUGAUGAGGGGGAAAGAAACGAUUUAAUCCAUUUUAGAAUAAGGCUGUAACACAAUGUGGAAAAAGUCAAGGGGUGUGAAUACUUUCUGAAGGCACUGUGUACAGUGAGGGGGAAAAGGUAUUUGAUCCCCUGCUGAUUUUGUACGUUUGCCCACUGACAAAGAAAUGAUCAGUCUAUAAUUUUAAUGGUAGGUUUAUUUGAACAGUGAGAGACAGAAUAACAACAAAAACAUCCAGAAAAAUGCAUGUCAAAAAUGUUAUACAUUUAUUUGCAUUUUAAUGAGGGAAAUAAGUAUGUGACCCCCUCUCAAUCAGAAAGAUUUCUGGCUCCCAGGUGUCUUUUUAUACAGGUAACGAGCUGAGAUUAGGAGCACACUCUUAAAGGGAGUGCUCCUAAUCUCAGUUUGUUACCUGUAUAAAAGACACCUGUCCACAGAAGCAAUCAAUCAAUCAGAUUCCAGACUCUCCACCAUGGCCAAGACCAAAGAGCUCUCCAAGGAUGUCAUGGACAAGAUUGUAGACCUACACAAGGCUGGAAUGGGCUACAAGACCAUCGCCAAGCAGCUUGGUGAGAAGGUGACAACAGUUGGUGUGAUUAUUCGCAAAUGGAAGAAACACAAAAUAACUGUCCAUCUCCCUCGGCCUGGGGCUCCAUGCAAGAUCUCACCUUGUGGAGUUGCAAUGAUCAUGAGAACGGUGAGGAAUCAGCCCAGAACUACACGGGAGGAUCUUGUCAAUGAUCUCAAGGCAGCUGGGACUAUAGUCACCAGGAAAACAAUUGGUAACACACUACGCCGUGAAGGACUGAAAUCCUGCAGCGCCCGCAAGGUCCCCCUGCUCAAGAAAGCACAUAUACAGGCCCGUCUGAAGUUUGCCAAUGAACAUCUGAAUGAUUCAGAGGAGAACUGGGUGAAAGUGUUGUGGUCAAAUGAGACCAAAAUCGAGCUCUUUGCCAUCAACUCAACUCGCCGUGUUUGGAGGAGGAGGAAUGCUGCCUAUGACCCCAAGAACACCAUCCCCACCGUCAAACAUGGAAGUGGAAACAUUAUGCUUUGGGGGUGUUUUUCUGCUAAGGGGACAGGACAACUUCACCGCAUCAAAGGGACAAUGGACGGGGCCAUGUACCGUCAAAUCUUGGGUGAGAACCUCCUUCCCUCAGCCAGGGCAUUGAAAAUGGGUCGUGGAUGGGUAUUCCAGCAUGACAAUGACCCAAAACACACGGCCAAGGCAACAAAGGAGUGUCUCAAGAAGAAGCACAUUAAGGUCCUGGAGUGGCCUAGCCAGUCUCCAGACCUUAAUCCCUUAGAAAAUAUGUGGAGGGAGCUGAAGGUUCGAGUUGCCAAACGUCAGCCUCAAAACCUUAAUGACUUGGAGAAGAUCUGCACAGAGGAGUGGGACAAAAUCCCUCCUGAGAUGUGUGUAAACCUGGUGGCCAACUACAAGAAACGUCUGACCUCUGUGAUUGUCAACAAGGGUUUUGCCACCAAGUACUAAGUCGUGUUUUGCAAAGGAAAAGGUGAGAGGAGGAGAGUGCAUAGAUGCGAGAAGGAAUUAUACAAUGAGCAGAUCAUGCUGUUUGUAUGUGGCUGCUAUGAAAGUGAACUGUGUAUUCAUUCCGCCGAUUCUGUUGAAAAACGUUUCUUAAACAGAAGCAAACUGAACAAAAUGGGAAUAAACAUACCUGAAGUUGGCCAAUAGAAACUCUCGUUUGCAACUGUUGGAUUUAUGAUUACACCCUAGAUCAGCUAGAUGCAGGCAAGAGUGUGCAAGGCGGUAUUGAAUGUGUCACUGUCUGUCACCUUGAUCACUCAAAUGUUUCUCUUGACCUGUGCAUCUACGAUGUAAACUUUAAUUCAUAGGCUAGGUUGUAGCAACCUCAUGAUGGGUAUAGGGAAAAUUUGAGUAUUGUAGUAGCCUAAACCUAUCGAUGUUACAUUCAGCUGGGUGAAUGGAAUAUGGAUGACAGUCAUCCAAUAUGCUGUAAUAGAAAUAAGGCAAUGCUCCUAAAAAAUAUUGCGUCCUCCCUCAUCUUAAACGGCACCGACCACCACUGGAGUACUUAUAUAGCCAUUUUUGGCAAAUUCUAUUUACUUUAAGGGAAGCUUAGGUUCCACCCUUCUCUCAGAGUGUACAGCCAAUGCUUACACCAAUCCUAUGCUUUUAAAUCCACGAUGGAAAGUGUGCAAGUGCACACUUCUGGAAAAGGGUGGAGAAUUGGGAUUCAGCCUAUGUGGUUUCAGAGGCCCUACCCUGCAUUUUAAAAGGCACAACAUAAACUGGCCUAGUUCCUUUUCAGACCCUAGCCCCUUCCCUAAGCUCCCACCCUUGUGGUUGCCUGGCAGGUGUAAUGGGUUGUACAAUGGUUAUUCAUUGGUUGUGUUGUGGUCAUGUGUUUCAGGGUGUGCUACCUAGCAGGUCAGCUGGUCCAGGAGUUGAAUAAGAGACAACCAGAGCUCUUCAUCUCCCGUAGAGACAUCCUGUGUGUCCAGAUCGCUGGGCUCUGUCACGACUUGGGUGAGUUUCUCACGCACACGCACACACACACACACACACUCCCUCUUUUCCAAUCUUAUUCUCUGUUGAAUGUGAUCUCUCUCCAGGUCAUGGUCCUUUCUCCCAUAUGUUUGAUAGGAUGUUCAUCCCCAAAAUCCGUCCAACGUCCCAGUGGAAGGUAAGACUACAGUCUGAAUAACCUCCUCUUUCUUGUCAUACCCUUCUCUCCUCAUCUUCCUGUGUGGGCGCGAGAACGUAUGUGUCACGUGUGUAUUUAUGUGUGUGUUGCAGCAUGAGGAGGCGUCCCUGGCGAUGUUUGACCACCUGGUGUCUGUGAACGCCUUGGAGCAGGUGAUGAAUGAUCAUGGCCUGGUCCUACCUGAAGACCUGGUCUUCAUCAAGGAGCAGAUCGCUGGACCACAGAACACUGGCCCUCUCAGCCAGGGGGUGAGUCAGUCAGCCAUUCAAUCAGCCAUUCAGCAAACCAGUCAGCAAGCCAGUCAGCUAGCCAGCCAGUCAGCUAGCUAGCUAGUCAGUCAACCAGUCAGUCAGCCAGUCAAUCAACCUCAAUCAAUUAAGCAUUUAAGCAUCAUUAAACAUCAAUCAACAUUUUAUAAAGUACUUUAUUAAUAUGAUUUAUUGAUGGCUACUAGUAGUGUAUUGUCUACGGGUUAAAUUCAAACUCUUAAAGGGAUAAUGCGAGAUUCUGGCAUUUAAGCCCUUGUUCAGAUAAACUUGUGGAUACGCUAGUUAGCAUUUGCUCGCUAAACUACCGCUAACCUACUUCGUACUGCACACAGAGACAUGGAAAUGGUAUCCACAAGUUCAUCUGACUCUGGUUAAGUAUCCAGCAGUAUUCCUUGAACUAAUUUGGAGUUACUGUACAUGCUCGGAUCUCAAAGGAUUCGUCUAAUUCUGAGUCUGUUGUUGUCUUUCCACAGUGGCCUUAUGAGGGCCGUCCGGAGGAGAAGUCCUUCCUCUAUGAGAUUGUGGCCAACAAAAGGACCGGCAUCGAUGUGGACAAGUGGGACUACUUCGCCAGGUGAGUCCCCGAGUUGGAGUUGAUCUCUUUUAGAAACCAUCAUCAGUUACUGGAGUAAGCUACAUUCACACACACUGUAUAUAUAUUUUCUGUUGUAUAUUUGACUUUAUGUUUUGUUUACCCCAUAUGUAACUCUGUGUUGUUUUUAUCGCACUGCUUUGCUUUAUCUUGGCCAGGUCGCAGUUGUAAAUGAGAACUUGUUCUCAACUGGCUUACCUGGUUAAAUAAAGGUGAAAUAAAAUUUAAAAUAAAUAAAUAUGGAGUACCACAGUAUCUGUCAUAAUACCCAUAAAACCUAGCGGUCUAACAGGGAAAUGGUUCCAGUUGUUUUUCCACCAUACAUUUUUCCCAUAGUGGAUUUUAGAAACACUUAAAAUAAGUGCUGUGUUUCGUUUUGAUAACUGUGUAAAUCUCUCUAGGACAGGGUGACUUUUAUCAAUAUAUUCGCCUGUAUUUACUCCCCCAAAAUUAAAUGCUAAUGUGACUAUCAUAAAGAACAACAAAUGCCAUGAUUUUCGAAUCUGAGAGUAAAUAGAGCCGAAUAUAUUGAUAAAAGUCACCUUGUCCGAAAGAGAUUUACACUGUUAUCAAAACGUCACGCCAGGGUAAGCCUACACAAAACACAGACCUUAUUUUAAGUUUUUCUAAAAUCCCCUAUGGGAAAAAUGAUUUGAACCAGUUCCCUGUUUGACCGCUAGGUUUUAUGGGUAUUAUGACACCUCCACUGUGGGGCUCUAUUACAGAUCUAACUAUACAUAGGACAACUGGUGUAUAUUUAAGCAAUAAGGCCCGAGGGGCUGUGGUAUAUUGGCAAUAUACCACAAACCCCCAAGGUGCCUUAUUGCUAUUAUAAACUGGUUACCAAUGUAAUUAGAGCAGUAAAAAUGUAUGUUUUGUCAUACCUGUGGUAUACGGUCUGAUAUACCACGGCUGACAGCCAAUCAGCAUUCAGGGCUCCAACCACCCAGUUUUAUAAUCGGGAAAGAGUGCACUUUGGGCAACUUUCCAUCAAUAAUCUCUCUCCCUCUCUUUCUGUUUCAAAUAUGUUUAAUUGUAGAGCAGAGGAAAAGCAUACAAAUGUAAAUUUUGUUUAGUGACAACAGGAACAUACAAACAAUUACGCCAGGAGUAUUACGGCAGGAUAGCAGUUUAAACGCAUUUAAACAAAAUGUAAACAUAAACAGUAUUAAAGAAAAGGAAAACCCAGACUCAAGACCAAAACAACACACUCUCUCUUUCUCUCCCCAUAGGGACUGCUACCACCUGGGCAUCCAGAAUAACUUUGACUACCACCGCUUCCUCAAGUUUGCCCGUGUGUGUGAGGUAGACGGGAAGAAGCACAUCUGCACCCGAGAAAAGGUAAAGGCUUGGUCCUAGAUUUCACCUCCCAUUAAUUCCCUUCAUUGUUAUGUUUUCAUUCACCUUUUCAUUCAACUUGGUAAAAUAAUUAGGUAUUAGCCUAGUUUAGUGGUAAUAUAGACUAGGUCCUGCUAUAGACUAGUGUCCUGUCUAGGGGGUGUACUUGUACAUCAAGCUGCCUCAUGCUACAGAAUCAGGAGGUAGGGUUCCUGCCCUAUGGGCCGCUCUGGCUCGGACAAGGCCACUUACUUUAGCGGUGAUAUCCGUGUGUGUUGUCUGCAUACAGGAAGUGGGUAAUCUGUACGACAUGUUCCACACACGCAACUGCCUCCAUAGAAGAGCCUACCAGCACAAAGUGGGACACAUAAUAGAGACCAUGUAAGUGCUCUCACCUCAACAGGUAUUCUACUGUUCAAUAUCUAGCUGACUUACUAUCUCUUAUACAGUCAUACAUACAGGUUCUCAGACAUUCAGGUGUUUUUCUGCUGUAUGUUAUGUGUUGGAAAUGUGAUGUUUGAUUUAAGUGUGUGUGUGCCUGUGUCUCUGUCUUGUUUCAGGAUCACAGAGGCCUUGGUCAAGGCAGACCCCCACAUCCAGAUUCUAGGUUCUGAGGGAAAUAUGUUCACCAUCUCCACGGCGAUCGAUGACAUGGAGGCCUACACUAAACUCACUGGUCAGUUCAACCCCAUAGAAAUAGAAUAUGUAGAAUGGCUCUGGUCUCGUCUACACACUCUCAUUCUAUGGUUCAAACUUCUUUGGUUGUCAGGGUUUUGUUCCAGGUGUCAUGGCUGCCCUAACUGGCUGGGUUUGACAGACCGGUUCUCUGUCACUUUGUGGCACAUUCAUGUCCAUAAUCACUGCCUGGGUUUGGUUUGCAUGAUUGACCUCUCCUCUUCCCACACUCCUUGUCUCUCUCCCUCUCCCCUGUCUCUCCUCCUUCUCUCCCCCUCCCUCCCCAUGUAGACCAUGUGUUUGAGCAGAUCCUGUACUCGUCGUCAUCUGAGCUGGCCGAUGCCAGAAAGAUCCUCCAGAACAUCACCUGCAGAAUCCUCUACAAGUAUGUGGGACAGACCCAGGCCAAGAAAUAUGUUGAGGUCUCACAGGUGUGUGUCUGAGGGAUGGAGGGUGAAUAUCCUCCCAUGGCUUACUAGGUAAGCUUUUUCAGAAGAUCCAUAUUAUGUGCCUCUCAUCCUCCUCUUCUCUCCCCCAGGAAAAGCUCCUGAACUGGGCAAGCAGCGUGGCGAAGUGCAGGCCUGUUAGCGACCUCCAGGGCGUCACUCUAGAGCCAGCAGACUUUGUAGUCAACGUGAGUGUUCAGUCUUUUCACCUCAAUCAGGGAACUGAUUGAAGACACAUAACAUAUCACAGAACAUCCCUCCCCCCUGUCUAUAGAUAACCCUUUAUUACCAUUUGCUUUAUUGAAAAUAUGUCAAUCAAUAAAAUGUAUUUUAUAAAGCCCUUUUUACGUCAGCAGUUGUCACAAAGUGUUUUACAGAUACCCAGCCUAAAACUCAAAAGAGCAAGCAAUGCAGAUGUAGAAGCACAGUGGCUAGGAAAAACUCCCUAGAAAGGCAGGAACCUAGGAAGAAACCUAGAGGAGCCAGUCCUCUUCUGACUGUACCGGGUGGAGAUUUAAGAGUGCAUGUGGCCAUGAAGGCCAGAUUAACCGACAUCUGUUUUGGGGGGGUUAUUAAACGACCGAUGUUGGUUUAAUUACUUGAAUUCCAUUUAGUUCUAGGUUUUUUGUAAGCCCAAUGUGCUGUUUCUCUAGAGAGAAAUCAAAUCAUUCACAAUUUAAAAGCAAAAAAAUAAUUGUAAUGUCAUUAUUUCAUAAUGCAUUUAAUGUUUUACAAAAAUAAUCGAAACUGAAAUUGAAAACCGUGAUUAUUUUUUAAUAACCGAAACGACCUAGAAAAGCACUAAUCGCUCAGCACUACUCUCUUUGCCUCUUCAUCUCUCUCCCUCCCUAGAAAAGCACUAAUCGCUCAGCACUACUCUCUUUGCCUCUUCAUCUCUCUCCCACCCUAUCUCUUUCUGUCCCUCUUCCAUUCUCUUCAUUAGAUCAUCAACAUGGACUGGGGUAUGAAGGAGAAGAACCCCAUCAACAACGUGCGUUUCUACUGCAAGAAUACCCCAACCAAAGCCACCCAGAUCUUCAAGAACCAGGUCAAUACUGCAAUGCACUCAAAUCUUUUUAAAAAUAGUUAAUUAUUUUGGAUCUUGAAAACAUUAUUUGACAUGAUUGUUCUCCCCUGUAGGUGUCUCAGAUGCUGCCAGAGCGGUUUGCUGAGCAGCUGAUCAGGGUCUACUGUAAGAAGAGAGAUGAGAAGACUGUGGAGGCAGCUAAGAAGAACUUUGUCCAGUGGUGCAUGGACAACAACUUCUCCAAGCCUCAGGUCAGGAGGCCUCUAUCUCUUUCAUUUGCUGUAUGGAUCUCUUUAUCUCAAACUCUUAGCGUUGUGUAAGGAAGAUGACAUUCGAGUGCAAGGAGAAGCCACCUAGCUAUGACUAGCUUACCUGCACCACACGUACUGUACUUUCUCCAAGUUUAAAAUGGACCCUGGUAUCUGUGUGUUUGUUUGUGACCACGUUUGUUUAGGACGGCGAUUCGAUUGCACCGGAGCUCACCCCUCUGAAGCCAAGCUGGGCCAACAAUGACGGUGAGAACAAUGAUGAAGCAGAUAGCCAGGGAAGAAGAAGCUGGGCUGCAGACAACCGUGGACAACAGAAGGCAAAAGUCAGACUCUUUGACCAACUAAACUAACUUUCAAAAUACAGAAAUAC